AUGUUUAGAAAAUUAUUUUGUGGGUUUUGCAAUUAAGUUUAAAAAGUUAGCACUUUUAAUUAAUUGAAAAAUAUCAUGAAUCCUCCAACACCCGAAAACUAUUAACGAUUAUUAAUAACAGUUUAAUAGUUGAUUUAAUCAAAUCCUAUAAAUUGGAAAUUUGUUCAUCGUCUUCAAUAAUUAAAAUAAUAAUUUAGUUUAGAAUUAGAUAUGCCAUACCUACUUUCUAAACUUAAAGAUUAACCAAUUGAUUCUUAAAAACAAUCUUUUGUUAUAGAAAUUAUGUAAUAAAAUUUUAUGGUUGAUGAAGAACUAUUUAAGGAUGUAUUUAAUUAAUUGUUAAGAAUGGAUGAUUUGCAAUACUCAACAUAAUUAAAAAUGUUAGAUACAUACUUCAAAUAUUCAGAAUUUUUUGAUCAAGAUAAAGUUUUGCCAAAUCUACUUUCAAAUUUGAUUGCCUUUGAUGAUUUAGAAAUAUUAGAUUUAGUUAAUUCAUUUUAAGUUCUUACUUAUAAAGAUUCUUAAUUAACUGAAUAGAAUUAACAAUUACUUGAAAAUUUUAAAGAUGAAUUAAAUGAUUAAAUAGUAAAAAUACUUCCUGCUCUAGGAUAAAAAUAAUUUAGAUAAUUAUUAGUUGUUUUAAGAUCUAAUGACUAUCAUAAUGAAAAAUUAAAGGCAGCUAUUUUUUAAUAUUUUUUUGAUAAUAAAGACAUUUUGGGAUAAUCCUCAUUUGUUGAAUUGUUAAAUCUAUGCAAUCUGAAGUUCUUUUAUAAUGAAGAUAUCAAAUAUUAAAUCUUAAUUUAACUCAACUUUCUUAAAGUGAAAGGAAUAAAUGAAUCAAGAUUAAUUAAUAAAUAUAUUCUGCCAUCUGUAAUAAUUUAAUACUUAUUUUUAGAUAUCAUUAGCAGAAUAAGAAAUGAUGGGAAAUCUAAUAACUUUGUCAGGUAUACAAUUAGAUAAGGAAUAUAUAGAUACACAUUUUACAGGCAGCAAUUCUUAGAAAAGAGAAAAACUUGAAUAGAUGAAACUUAAAGAAAAUUAAAUUAAAUAAAUUGUGGAUGAAUUAAUGAAAUAUAUCGAUGAAUAAUUUGCAUAUUUAUUAAAGUAAAUAGACUACUUAAUAUUAGUGUUAUGAAAAUAGUUUAAACUUUUGGUUUAUAACUUCCAGAAUUACUUUAACCAUUAGCUGAAGAAUUAAAAAAGAUUUUAUCCAAAUAAAUUGUUAAUUCAGCAGAUUUACUAGCAAUUUUAAAUUAUUUUGAUGAUUCUAACAUACUCUUUGAUUAGCAAGAUUCUAUAGGAAUGAACGAAUUUAACAAUUUUUUGAAAUAAGAAUACUUUUCUUAUGCAAAAAUUAAUUAUUUACAAAGAUAACUUGCUUUUAGAAAAAACUAAGACUUCAUGCUUGAGAUGUUAAAUAAGAGUUAUAAAAGUGGAUGGAAUUUAGAAUUAUGUUCUAGAUAAGCAUUAAUCUUUCAACAUUAUAACAUACCAUUAUAACAAAUGUUUUUAGAUAAAUUUUAAUAAGUUAUAGAUGAUUUUAUCUUAAAAAGAAGAACUGCUUAUGAUUAAAUUUUGUUUUAUAAAUAUAUGGUAAUAUCUGAUUGGAGUAAAAAUCUUAAAUAGGAACAGAGAACUUAUUUUGAUGAAUCAUAAAGCACGGCUUAAAGAAUGAGAAGAGAGAAAACUAAAAACUUAGAUUAAUCAUCUUUUCUUGAAUAAGAAAUUAAAAAUGAUCUUUAGUAGUAUAUGCCAAACUCACUCAAAUUGUUAUCUAAUUAAUAUGUUAACUCUAUGGAAAUCGAUUUUAUUAUAACGAAUCAAAAAGGAGAUAAAUUAUUUGUUUAAAUUCAUGGCCAGACUCAUUUUUAUUAUAAUUCAAAUAUAUAGAAUUAUAAAACGUUAUUAGAAACAUUUUAUUUAGAAAAAAUAGGUUAAUUUAGGUUAAUCAAUUAUUUUGAAACAGAUAAAUGGAAACAAAAUAAAUAAAAAUCAGUGGAAAAAUUAAUAAGCUGUCUAAUGUGA